AGUCAAGAGAACACCAAUUGAAUGCGGUGACGUUGUGACAAGUCGUGACUGAUGGCCACGUGACUACUGUAACAAGCGCUACAAAUUAUUCUGGUCUGCUCAAGACGUUAGCCAUGAUCUGUGUGAAGCCUGUUAUUGCUUCAUCAAUACCGCGAACAGCUCGAGGAUAUGUCGUGUCCGUGAAGCCUCCUCGCGUCUACGAGGGCAAACCGACACCCCGCCGCUACGGUGUGGAGAAAACAUUCUUAUACAACCAAUACACCCGCAUGCUUGAAGCCAGCGAUAAUUCCCCCAUAAUAUUCCUCCAACACACAAACUUCGCGGCUCAGCGGUUUCAGAAGCUGAGGCGGGAUAUUGCAGAUGCAAACGCCAAAUUUUCAGUCUCGCUAUCCUCUCCGACACCUACCUCAGUCGAACUCGGUGCCCCAACGCUAGCCGUGAUGCGGACUUCGCUUUUUGGCGUUGCAUUACGAGAUUUUGCGCCUUUAGACGCGGAAAAGUCAUCUCAAAUUGCAGAAUUGGUCAAAGGCGGUCUUGCUAUCUUAACACUUCCAUCAUUCAACCCUCCCCAACUUGAUGCCAUCCUCCGUGCUCUUGAUCGCUCAGUCCCUCCCAAGAAACCAGGGGUAGAGCAGCCAAAACCGAUAAAGCCUCAAGAUGAUCCGAGUUUUAUCCCUGGAAGAAAGACGCAGAGGGUGAAACCCAUAUUGACCCCAGAACUGGUCGUAAUGGGUGCUCUCAUUGAGAGGCGGGUGUUUGGAAUGGAGGAUGUACGGGACGUAUCGAAACUACCAACCUUGGACACUCUGCGGGCGCAAAUCGUUGGGUUGCUGAGCUCACCAGCUGUACAGUUGGCUGCAAUCCUCAGCGAGGCAAGUGGAGGGAAGUUGGCGAGGACACUGGAGGGGUUGAAGAAGGGUUUGGAAGAAAGCCAGGGUGCAGAAGCUUCAUCAUAGCAUCUACUCCACCAUUGCACCUUCGUUUGUCGACUGACUUCACAUAGUUCACGCACCACGCACUUUCAUAGAAGAAUGGUUAAUAUCAGUCUUUGAGGCAAAAU